AUGGCUGACGAAGAGUGUGAAGACCACCGCCAUCCAGUACAGCUGAAGAUGGAGCUUGUGCUUGUGCUGUUCUACAUUCUCUUUUGCAGCUCAGGUCCUGUGGCCCAGGAUAAGUGGUCAAUGACCGUACCUGAAGUUGUCACAGUGGGAUUUCGUGAAGACGCCGUCCUCCCCUGCACUUUUACGGCUCCGAGACAAUUUCAGCCGAGUGUAACGGUGAUUUGGCGACAUAAAGUUUGUCAAGAACCAGAAAUUUUCAGGUGUAUAAGCAAGGCUAAUGAGACUGAAGGUGGACAGAACUGCUCCAAGUCACUUGGACGUUACUCACUCUAUGGUGACCCGAAAGCACGCAACCUCUCACUAAUUAUCAAAAAUGUCUCAGUUGAAGAUCAAAAACAGUAUUUCUGUCGUGUUGAGCUGAAAGAGGGCAGUUAUGAAGCUCCAGGCGGAACCGAAUUAAAAAUCCAAGUACCCCGAACUAUAGAGAGCAUCUACAUACGAACGCUUGCAUCUGGAGAGCAGGUUGUAACGUGUGAUGUUAAAGGAAUACCUCUACCCAAUGUAACAUGGAUCAUGCCCGAGAACAUAAACGCCUCGCUGGUGUCUUUCCUAAGUGGAUUUUUUAGAGCUUCAUCCUCAGUUCCUGCGUAUCUGCUCAACACCAACUACACCUGUCAGAUUGAUGGAAGAAAUGGGCUUCAAAAUCAGUCAAUUUACUUCUCAAAAGGAGCUGCGGUGCAAGAACAUCAGAUCUCGUUGUUAUUAUUUGUUGCUGUUGUGACUACACUUACAGCCAUUUUAAUCAUCAUCAUCAUCAUCCUGGUGAUUGUGAUCGUGUGUUACAGGAAAGGCUCAUUUAAGACUGUGGGCACUGCACAACAGACCAGAUUUGGGAUGAUGGAGUGUAAAAGGUGA